AUGGAACCAGAACCAACCAUUAGCGCUCUCCUCGAGGCUGUCACAGCCCUCACAGCCACAGUCGGGUCCCUACAGGACCAAAUCCGCAACCAAGGCCAACAGCUCAUCGAGCUCAAGGCCAUAUGCAAGGAGACCGCCGACUUACUUGGCAACAAGGAUCAAGGAGGACCCCAAGUCCAAGCCCAGCCUGGCCCAUCGACUGGGCCUAUCACUCCCCCUACCCUUACGGGAGGAGAAGCCCUCACUCCAGGAACGAUUAGGCCUGGACUUAAGGCCCCCUUCCGGCCAUCCAGAGGCACAGGCUUUGACUUGGAAGAAGAGGAAGAACCAAGGCGGAUCCCAAAAAAAGAGCCUCGCAAUACGCCUAAGCGGAGUCUCAGCUCCCUUACCCCAUUCGACUCAGGGUCCAGCGUAAAGCGGCCCAAAAUGGAGCUCCCAGACCCCUACAAGGGAGACUCCCGGGGAAGAAAGGCAACCCAGUGGCUGGAUCGUAUGCUGCUGUGGGUCGCGCUUCAUCGAGACCAAUUCAAUGAAGAAGAACAAAUGGUCGUGUGGAUUCUCUACCACAUGACAGAUAAGGCCGCCAAUUGGGCGUUACCCCUCAUAGGGACUAUUAUCAAGGGCAAGGGAAACCCUCCCACCACUAUCCCGGCCUUAACGGCCAAAUUCAAAGAGGCUUUUGCAGACCCCGAUGCCAAGAGAGCAGCUGCCAGGAAAAUCGCCGCGCUAACUCAGUCCACGACCACGGCUGAGUAUGUAACCGAGUUCCGUAACCUUAUGGCGGAACUUGAUUGGAACACCGAGGCGUUCAUUGCCCAAUUCACGUGCGGCCUUCACUGGAAGGUGAAGGAACUCCUGUCCACCAAGGACAACAUUCUGGACAAUGAUCUUGAGGCCAUAUUCGCCGCCUCAAUUAAAAUUGACAAUAUCCGCCGGGAAAACGAGGAGAACCGCCCUAAAAAGGUUCCUGCCAAGGCCCCAGUUGCUACAACCACCUCUACCUCCACCACUACUACCAGGGUCCGCUUAUCCAAAGACCCCAACUACGUUACCCCGGAGGAAAGGGAUCGCCGCCGCGCGUCUGGUCUUUGCGUCAAGUGCGGCCAGAAAGGGCAUGGCAUCAAACAAUGCCCCAACGGAUGGAAGGCCACGAUCAAGGAAGUGGCAAAGGUAGCAGAGGAUGAAUUGGGAAAAGAGUAG